UAAAGAGAGGGUGUGGUAAGUUCCUGGUAUUGCGGACAAAGAAGAGGGGGCAUUUCCGUCAUUCCACAUUGGAACCCGUUAUAGGCUCAAACUCCACAGUUUGAUUUCACACCACAAUGGCCGAUGUAACCACCACCUUCCUCCGCCACCUCCCCGACGACGACCAAACCCCCUCUCCCUAUUGGGAUUUCGACUUCGACCGCCAAAACCAGGUCAAUUUCGUCAUGGAUCUCUUCCACCAGCGCGUCGAACAGUCCCAACUCUCCGACGACGCCGUUUUUGGCGUCAUCGACCUCGCCUUCCCCUCCGCCGACGACUUCUUUAUCGGACGCUCCCUCUCCGUCGGAUCCGACGACGACCACGACUUCGCUCUCCAAAACGACGUCCUCGCCUUCUGCGCGCAUUCCGACGACGACUACAACGAAAACGACGACGUUUCCACCAUCCCCCUCUGCUGGGACGCGCUGCACUUAGACGACACCAACACCAACACCAACACCAACACCAACACCAACACCACCACCAACGCCAACAACAACAACUACGACGAUUUCGAGUGGGAGGAAGUCGUGGACGAGAGAGAGGUUCUGAGCAUGCUCGACGAAGCCUCCGUCUCCGUCGGAAUCGAAGAGGAGAUCGAUUCGCAGGAAGUGAGCAAUUUGGAGUGGCAGGUUUUGCUGAACGCCAACACUUUGGAAGGGGCCAAUUCGGAACCCUAUUUCGCUGACAACGACAACGAGGAUUACGUUUACACUGCCGAGUAUGAAAUGAUGUUCGGCCAAUUCAACGACAACAACGCCUUGGUGGGGAAGCCUCCGGCUUCUGCCUCCGCCGUCAGGGACCUUCCCACGCUGGUUCUCUCCGCCGAUGACGUGGCCCAUGACAACGCCCUUUGCGCGGUUUGUAAGGAGGAGUUUGCCGUUGGGGAAAUUGCCAAGGAGUUGCCGUGUUCGCACCGCUACCACGGGGACUGCAUUGUGCCCUGGUUGGGGAUCAGGAACACGUGUCCCGUUUGUCGCUUUGAGUUUCCCACUGAUGAUGCUGAGUAUGAGCGUCGGAAGGCGCAGAGAUCUCUUGUUUGAUCAUCAUCAUCAUCGUCAUCAUAAUGGGGAUGGUAUAUUAUUAGGAUAUUUUAUCAAGUAUAGAUUUUUUGCCCCUCAUUGAACAAAUGCUUGUGAUGUGCUUUUUUUAUUUUAUUUUAUGGGAAUUUGAGUUUAGGGAUGUUUCCUUCGAAUUGUACUUUCGGAUACAUCACAGAAAUGAAUACUUCUUCGAUGGAAUAUGUGUUUGUUGUGAUUUCU